AUGAGCAGCACCUCAGUCACCGACUUUAUACAGGAUUCGCCUUUGGGACAAGCCUUACGCUUUCUCACCAAAGGCAAACUCUUCGCUUUUCCAGAAGAUGAUCCCAACUUCAAGAUUCCGUGGGAGGAGGCCUCCGUCAGUGAGAAAGAGCAGGAAAUUGAAGCAGCUGAGACCGCGCUCGCUAGCAGCAGGGUGGCCAGCCAUCAAACUAGCACAUCCGUUUCCCGUCACGCUUCCAACGUUGACAAGAAGGAGAACGACGACGACAUCGAAGCUCGCGUUCCCGGUCUCACCACGAUUCCGACCUCGCAUUCGUCCGCGGCGCGCAGUGCCAUCGGUCCCGUCACCACGCGCACCCUGACGCGGGAGAGGACGAUCCCGUAUUCCCGCGAACGGUUCGAGGUCGAGGAGCAAGAGGCCAUCGAGAGGCGCCAGAGCAGCAUCAUCGUGCCCCAGAGAACGUCGGACGGAGUGAUCCUGGUCGAUUGGUACACUACAGAUGAUCCGGCGAACCCACAAAAUUGGAACAGCUGGAAAAAGGCAUGGGCCGGUUUGAUCAUUUUCAUGUACACUUUUGACGUGUACAUGGCGAGCGCCAUCUACACGUCUGCGGAAGGCAUGGUCAUGGAGAAAUUUGGUGUCGGCCAGAGCAAAGCAUCCCUGGGUCUGAGUAUGUAUGUGCUUGGGUAUGGGAUAGGGCCUAUGCUCUUCUCUCCUCUCUCCGAACUACCCAUCAUCGGUAGAAAUAUUCCCUACAUCAUCAGUUUCGGGUUGUUUGUGAUACUCUGUGUCCCCACGGCUCUGGCCAAUAGUUACGCCACACUUUUGGUUCUACGAUUCUUGACAGGCUUCAUGGGAAGUCCUUGUUUGGCUACAGGAGGUGCAACGAUGGGUGAUAUGUAUGGCCUCCUCAAACUCCCAUACGCACUCACCGCAUGGGUCGCCGCGGCGUUCAGUGCUCCGGCUACAGGUCCCUUGUUGUCCGGGUUCUCCGUCGUCGCCGAGUCGUGGCGCUGGGCACUCUGGGAGGUCCUGUGGUGCGCGGCUCCCAUCUUCAUCCUCAUGUUCGCGUCCAUGCCCGAGACGUCGGCUUCGAACAUUUUGCUGCGUCGCGCUCAACGCCUUCGCAAACUCACGGGCAACCCGAACCUCAAGUCCCAGGGUGAGAUCGAUCAGGGAAACAUCAGUUUCAACGAACUCGCCAUCAACCAGCUUUGGAAACCCAUCGAGAUUUGCCUCAAAGAUCCAGCUGUGUUGUUUACGAAUGUUUAUACCAGUCUGAUUUAUGGAAUCUAUUAUUCCUUCUUCGAAGCUUUCCCCUUUGUCUACAUCGGCAUCUACGGGUUCAACAUUGGCGAAUUGGGAAUCGUCUUCACCAAUAUCGUGGUUGGAUGUAUCAUCGGAAUCAUCAUCUACGUCUCCUACGUCUACUUUUACCUCGAGCCUGACAUCAAGAAGAACGGCCUCCGAGCGCAGGAACACAGAUUGGUCCCGGCCUUGUUCGCCGUCACACUCAUGCCCGCCGGUCUGUUCUGGUUCGGGUGGACGUCGGAGCCGCACAUACAUUGGAUCGUGAGCGUGAUUGGUAUCACGCUUUAUGCCGUUGGUGCAUUUAUAUUGUUCCAAUGUAUAUUCAUGUACCUCCCCUUGACCUACCCUCAGUACGCUGCCAGUCUGUUCGCUGCCAACGACCUGUGUCGGUCCAUGCUAGCUGCCGGAGCCAUCAUCUUUGCACACCCACUGUACGCCAACCUGGGUAUAGGCCGCGGCAUUAGUGUGUUGGGAGGCUUGCUCGGCGGUGGUGUGGUGGGAAUUUGGGCCCUAUGGUAUUUCGGUGCGGGAUUGAGGGCGAGGAGUAAGUUUGCCGUCCAGUAG